AUGGCGAGGCUCACAAAGACGGUAGCGGUGACCCUCAUGGCCAUGCUCGCUGCAGUCCUCCAGGGCUGUGGAUGCGACACGAGCAACCUUGCCAGCUGCACCAGCAGCGCAUCUGGCUGUGACGGACUGACCACUUACAUGAACUGCGUGAAAGAUGCCGGCUGCUGCGACUACGAAUCCGGUGGGGCCAAGGUCAAGGACGGCUUCGAAGCGAUGGUGGCCCUAGUGAAUCUCGUGCCAGGAAAUGACUGCACCUUGAAUAGUGCCGACAGUGAGGAGCUGGAGGCAGCUGGGGAGAGCCUGGCUGUGCACUGUCCCCCUGGCAUGGAUCCAUGCCGCUAUGGGAAGGCCUGCUACAACCGGAAGCCUGGUCACCGAAAGAAGUACUGGCACCCUGCAGAUCCUGCAAAAAGAGACUGCCGCCGAGAGGCCUGCCGCUACGGCUCCGGCUGCUACAGGCGGAGCACAGCCCAUCUGGAGCGGUAUGCGCACCCCGGAGAUCGCAACUACCGCAAGGGGCUUGUCAAAUUCGGCAGCCAUCGGCCGCAGUUCGAGACUCUGUUGCAGCUGUUUGACUUCCACGAUCCAGAGGAGUCCGGAUACCUGCAGAAGGAGGAGUUCGGUCAAACUUUCGAGUACUGCAGCAAGGAUAACUCAGGAGCUGAGCAAAUCGACAGCGAGUGGGAGGCAGCAGGUGGUACAGCCACGGGCUAUGUGAAUUUUUCGCGCUUCGCCAGCUGGGCUGCGCAACACUGCUCGCUGCCGAUAGGGCUUAGCGAAGCCGGUCAGUCGAGACCCUGCCAGUUCCGCAACCGCGAUGGUGACGACAGCUCCUGUAGCUGUGCCGAGUUUUCCGCGGUUGGGUCUGGAAGACUCUGUGAGUGUGGCCACAAAGAGAGCUGUCACAGGUCAAUCGCAGAUGUCUUGUCCAUCGGAGAGGAUGCGCUGAAGCAUUGGCAAACCGCCGACGACGGCUCUUUGCUGGAUGGGCUGGUGAACGUUGAAAGCGACGAUGUCAUCAGCAGAAUGCAGGAGCUUUUCAACCAGACACACAAGACCAGCGACAACUGGACCCGGGACCGCGGCUGCGCUCUCCAUGGUCGGAGCCAUCCUGAGUGCGACGCCGGCUGUCUACGGAAGAAUGGCCACCGAGUUCCAAAGGGCUUCGUCGUCAAGAAGGUUUUCCGAAAUCAGAACCUUGACCUGUGGAAGCAUUACGUGUUGAUGCGGAAUGCCAUCAGUAGCGAGUGUGGUGAGGAUUCCAGCUUCUCCAGUGUCUCUGUGCAUGCGGACGUCACGGUGGAAGCCGGUAUGUCCGACACCAGCAACGAGUGGCGCCUAUUUCACGGCACGAACAUCGAUGCCUCGCGUGGGAUAUGCGGAAGCAACUUUCGCUUGGCCCUUUCGGGCACCGGUGCUACUUGGAAGGAGCCUGGGGAAGCAAAAGGCUCUCCGCUCUAUGGCUUCGGAAUCUAUCUCGCAGAGAUGGUCACGAAGUCGGAUGAGUACGCCGACCCCCUGCCCGAGGGCGAGGAAGAGGAAGGCCUACACGCCAUGCUAGUGGUACGAUGCGUUGGAGGUCGCGCGAACGUGAUCGAGACAAAUGAGAUCGACAAGGAGCAGUUGAAGAAAGAAGUCUUCGACGGCCCAUACCACUCUGUCUUCGGUGACAGAGUGAAGACAUUAGGCAAGCCCUACCGGGAGAUCAUCGUGUACGACAAAGAUCAGAUUUAUCCUGAGUAUCUUGUACUUUACGAGCGGACUUUGAAGGAGGAGGAGCGCAAGGUAGUGGCAAGGGAGGGCCUGGUGGAACCGCUUCGUCUCAAAGAUGUGAACCUCAUGGCAGCAGCCGUUGCAGAGGGCGAACAUGCUGGGCUCGAGGAGGAGGAGUUGGCCGAGAUCAGGGCCGCCCUGGCUUUGGAGAAGGCCAAAGCUGACGCAAGAGUUGCGCUUCAACGGGCAACGAAGUCGCGACAGGUGCAGCAGCUGCAAGCCGCACUGCAGGAGGCAGAAAGUUGUCAUUUGGAGGGCGCCGAGGUCUAUGAGGCCAAGCGAACCUUGGUCGACGAGCAGACCAAGAUUGCUGCCAGGUCGACAGUCGACAAGGCAGUGCAAAGCCGUGACGUCACAGAGCUGAAGGCUGCACUCAAGCAGGGCCUUUCCAGCGGACUGGAGGAAGGUGAGCUCCAAAGAGCACGAAUGAUCCUCAAGCAGGAGGAGAUCAAGCUUGAGGCCCAGGCUACUUUGGAGAACGCGCUGAAGAGCCGUGACAUCGAGGAGCUCCAGACGGCCAUCCGACAGGCACAGGCCGCGAGCCUCGAUGCGGCGCAGCUGCGCCCGGCGCGAGCGGCUCUGGAGGAGGAGCAGAAAAAGGUCCAGGCGAAGUCUGGGCUAGAGAAAGCAAUCAAGCGCAGGGAGAUGAAAGCGCUGCGGAAAGCACUGGCCGAGGGUGAAGCUGUCGGCUUGGGCCAGGAAGCAGAGGAGAUGCGGAUUGCCCUCGAGACUUUGGCCGUCGAGGAGGCGAAGGCGGCAGCGAAAGAGCAGCUGGCUCACGCCCUGAACAUCCUCUCCUACGACAGCAUCGACACGCUGCGAGCCGCCAUCGAUGUGGCGGUAGCUGCUGGCUUGGACUCUGUCUUGGUGGAUCCUGCGAAAGCCAAGCUGGCCACUCUCGAGCGGCAGAUCUCCGCCAAGCGAGAGCUGGAAGACGCGCUGGCCAGCGGAGGAUUGAGUGACCUCGCAGCCGCCAUCAGCCGGGCAGAGGGUGCAGGACUUGCAUCUGCGGAUGAGCACCUCACUUCGGCGAGACAGACCCACGCUGCGGAAAAGCGACGUGUCAAAGCACGCCAAGGCCUUUUCGAUGCCAUCCAGACGCGCAACAUCGAGCAGCUUCACAAGGCCAUCGAGGAGGGCCGCGCUAGUGGCAUCCCGGAGGAGGAGGUCCAGGAGGCCAGCGACAUCCUCUCGGAGGAGGUGCGCAAGGCGCAUGCGCACGACGCCCUCCAUCGAGCGACCUGGAGUAGGAGCAUUCUCGAUCUCCGCGCCGCCAUCCUCGAAGCCGAAGAUGCCGGGGUGGACGAGGAGGAGCUGAUGGAAGUGAGGCAGCUCUUGGGCCUCGAGGAGCGGCGCGCAGACGCCCGCGCAGCGCUGGACGCGGCCACGCAGGGCCGUGACGUGGAGGCUCUGGAGGAGGCCCUUGAGGAGGCCGAGGCCUGCGGCCUCACUCCGAAAGAGACGGAAGUUGCGAGGCAGGUUUUGGCUGAAGAGAACCGGAAGCUAGCCGCACUCGAAGGGCUACACAAGGCCACGGCCUCCCGCACGGCGGAGCUGCUCUCCGCGGCCAUCGCCGAAGCCGAGGCUGCCGGGCUCGAAGCCCCGGAACUCGACGAUGCCCGCAGCGCCCUGGCGCACGAGCAGCAGAAAGCAGCCGCACGCACCAGUCUGGCUCGCGCGGCCAGCAGCAGGCAGAUCGGUGGCCUUCGCGACGCACUUGCCGAGGCUAUCAACCUCGGUCUUCCAAGCGAAGAGCUCGGAGCUGCUCAGAUGGCUCUGCGGCAAGAAGAGCGCAAGGAAGCGGCCAAAGACGCUUUGGCGGAGGCCAUGAUGAAGCCUGAGAUCGGCACGCUGGAAAUGGCCUUGCAGGAGGCGCUCCAAGCCGGUCUGCCGGAAGCCGACUGCUUGCCGGCGCAGGCAGCCCUUGAAGAUGCGAAGCAUCUCGCCGAGGUGCGCGGAGCCCUGGACUUGGCCAUGCGCUCACGCGAUGCCAGGAGGCUCUUUGAGGCUCUGCUGGCCGCGGAGCAGUGCGGCCUGGCACCGGAGGAGUUGGCCGCGGGCGAGGCGGUUCUCAAAGAGGCCCGGCUUCGUGAAUCCCGCGCUGCGCUGCAGAAAGCCGUGGCCACGCAGGACGUGUCCACGCUCUUCCACGCCGUGGCGGAGGGCGAAGCUGCGGGGCUCGACCCGGAGGACCUGGACUCCGCGAAGGCGGCUCUACAGGAAAAGGUCCGGAAGGCCACGGAGGACGGCGAGGAGCUCCUUUUCGGAUCUCGUGCCACUCUACUCCCGCCGGCUGGGGAUCUCGCCUUCGAGGUGGCCCGGCAGUCGCUGAGUGCCAAGGGCUUCGGCGGCUUCGAUUGGAAGGUGCGCGAACACCUGGCUUUUGGCACCGUGGCCGUCGGCCAGGAGUUGGCGGCCACACUGGAGAGAGCUUGGUUCGCCAAGAAGAUGAACAUCUUGGAGGAGCUGUGUCAGAAUCUGCAGAGCUGCUUGGUGACUAGCAACGGGAAGGCCUCGAAGCCGCAAGCUUUGGACAAGACGAUCCUUCUGAAACUGGGUCACGAUAUCAAGUCCCGCAUCCACCCCCAGACGGAUGUAACGUGGAUGAACUUCCCGAUUGCGUUGGCCACCAUGCUGCUUUACACGCAGCAGGACGUCGACACGGACAGGACCUUUCUUUUCCUGGACUGUCCUUCCUCGGCGGUGGGGCCUCAACUUUUUGCAGAAAGGAAGGAGGCGUAUGACACCUACCGAAGUCGGAGAGGCCCCGCCCGUAACCCGAUGCUCGCCGCGCAGGUGGGACGCGUAGCCACCGCCGUGCUCCACUCUGCUCUCAGUGCCGGGAUGCGGCAGGGUGCGGAUCCAGUCGUCGAGCUGCCCCUGCGACAGUGGGUCAAGAGUGCCUGCUUACUAAGCGUUUGCCGUCAGAAGUUUGAGGAGCCUCGAGUUCUCACGCGCAUGCUUAUGAAUCUUUCCGACCGCGGAAUACAGGAGCUCCGGAAGAAACAGAAGGAUGACGUCAUUGUGUGCCCGCAGAUCCUAAGCACAUCUGCGAACCCGGCCUACGUCGACAAGUACCUCUUUCACGGUGCCGCAAAUCUGGAGCAGCAUGUCAUCCUGACUAUUCGCAAUGUCACUGAGUGUUUGGACCUCGCCGCCCUCAGCCAGUAUCCGGAAGAGCAGGAAGUGUUGCUGCCCCUGCUGUCAGUGCUGCGGGUCGAGGAGGUGUCUGCAGUCCCAGGGCAAGCGCUGAGAGUUUCGUGUCAAUUCCAAGGGUCCAUGAUGAGCAGCCGGCUGCGUGCCGCGUGCCUCUCCGACCUGGCAAUGGCCUCCUACGACCUGCUACAAGGCAUCCGGCCGCUACCGGAGAAGACGGUCGAUCUGACAAUCUCAACCCAACGUCCGUCGGACAUCGAGCCGCAUCAGUACACAGCUAAAGUCUUCCAAUCGUUGGUUACGAUCUUCGAAGCGAUCGACCGGCGGGGUGCCUGGAUGAUAAGUCGCGCAGACUACAGCUGGGCACAGGAGGUGCUGGCGAGGAGCUUCGGCGUGAAGCGCGUGCUUCGCAAGCUCACCACGUACUUUGCAAAGAGCAGCAUCGACCUCACGUUGCACAGAUUCUUCUUGCUUGCCAUGCCUGGAGCCACCGACUACCAACUCGAGCGAGCGUACCGCUGGACGGCCCGAUUCUUACGGAAGCAACACCGGGGAGAGGCUCUGGCAGAGUCGCCCGCAGGAUCCCCCGUCACGCCGCAGCUAGAUCUGGAGGUGCCCUGA